AACAAAAAUCAAACCAACAGCAAAAGCAAAACCAAAAACCAGUCAAGUCAGUUGGUUUCGAGAAAAAAGUUGAGUUGACAUUUGUGUGGCGUAGAGUGGCGAGUGACGGACGAUCCGACUCUGCACAACGACGACACUUUUCAAAAUUCGGUAAAUAAAUAAAUACAAAGCAACAACGUGAAACAAAAAUUAAAAACAAAAACCUGUUAAAUCAAUGACGAGGAUAAAUAUAAUUUUUCCAAACGAAAAUAUCUUAAAUUAAAUGAAAAAAUAGAAAAUUUAACGAAAUUUAAAAAAAGUAAAAAAAGAAAAUCAAUCGUCGCCAAGUGGGAAAAAAUCCCAAGGAAAAUCCACCAUCACACACAGCAACAUAUCGGUACAUCUCGGUCUAUCGCAGCGAGUUCGCGAGUUCCGAUACAAUAGUGUUGUUUCAUUCAUUCCGCCUUGAAAAUUUCUCUUCUCCCAAAAUAAAUAGACAUUUUUUCCUUUUCGUCUAAGAUUUUUCAAUAAAUUCGUCCUCUUCUUGCUUCUUGUUUUCUGCUCACGGACGAUACGUACGGAACGUUAAAGGAAACCGAGACGGAGUACGGAGAACGAAAAGAAACAAAAUCCAACAAACAAACAAGAUACACAAACAACCUGUCUUUUGCUUUCCUUUUACCAACAACUCACCAACACCAACUACAACUACCAAACCAACCAUCGACCAUCAAAAGUGGGAGUGAGAAAAAAAUCACUGAAAAUAAAGGAUUAUCCCAAAGUGCAAGAAAUUAUUAGAUAAAAAGUAAUAACAAAACAGGAAAAACAACAACAAAUAAAAAAUCGUUAUCGACACGACACAACAUGCAAUUGGAAAAUUAACGAAGAAGAAUUUUCAUACCAGUCGCCGCGGCCGCUCAACCGUCUUGCGUCUUUGUUGUCAUUGUCAUUCAUUUUCAUUCGAAUUCGUCGAAGUCGAAGUCGAAUCUGAAAUAAUUGUGAAUAUCUGAAUCUGGUGCUGUGAUUUUGUGUGCUCCUCGACUACGACGGGCGACCCGAACCCGAUACGCGUUUUGUUGUUGUCUUUUGUCUUGUAUCUUGUGCGCGAACGAAGCACCUACACCUUUUUUCAUGUUAUUCCUUUGCCUUUCUAUUCCUCCAGGUCUUGGCUGUUUUCGUUCUUGUUCUUGUUCCGUCGUGUCGUCGUUGUAAAUUAUUUUCUUUUUUCUAUUUGUGAUGUUUACAUGAAAAUCAAUGAAAAAUCGUUAAAAAAAAGAAAAAGGAAACGUGCAUCAGCUUCAGAGCAUCAGUUUCAGUAUCAAGCGGGCGCCGCCGUAUCUCCGCAGCCCUUUGUGUGUGUUUUUUUAUUUAUCUUAUUUCCCUUUAAUUGAUUUUCAGAUUCAGAUUCAGUACCCAGUGUUAAGGGUUACACAAUAUAAAAAUAAUUAGGCUUCCAGAUAAAAAUGAUGUGCAAUAAAAAUUGAUUGAAGAAGUUUCUAAGUGUUUAUUUUUCAUUUUAUGAUUUUUAUUCCAUUCGAUUUUGAUUGUGAUUGCGAACAGUGAAUUUAUUUUUCAUUCUCCAAUAACCUCCAUUUAAUGUUUUGUUUUUGUUGUGAAACGAAUUGAAUUCGCAAAAGAAGUAUUUUUUGUUUCUUUUUGCAAAUCAAUAUUUUUUGUAGUGGAAGUUGAAGCGAAAAGGGGGCGACGAAAAAUCCUCCUCUACUCAACUUGGUGGUUUUAUCUUUGCUUUGCUUGUUCGCCCCCAAGCACAAGUGGCUGCUGCUAGAAUAACAACAGCAAAAAAGUUGCAGGACUAGGAGGUAGAGCCAUAGUACCUAUAGCAAAAGAAGAAUUAUAAUAAUAAAUAAAAGGAUAAAUAAAGCAACGAAAGAAGAAAAAUAUUUAUUAUUUUUCCAUAUUAAAAAGCUGCUUUCAUCUUCAAUUAUACCAACUACCAACCUAUAAUUGACGACCUUCGUUGUUUUGAUUGAAAACAUAAAGAAAAAUACAUACCUUACACCCCCUACCUACGCAACGAAAGAAAUUUCUUCUAAUUCUUAUUCUAAUAAAUAUUAAUUAUAAAACAUGUCUUCGACGUCAGUUGAAACACCUUCACCAACAACCCCGCCCCCCUUGCAUCCGACAACUGUAAUUGCUGCAACAUCUAUUAUAACAACUGGGGGUUGUGGAGGUGUGACAACAACAACAACAACUUCCUCCUCAACCACCCAUUCGACCCCAAACAGCAUUAAGAAAACAACAGUCACACCGAAGAUGUCUCGGACUAUUCCAGCUGAUAAGAUAAAUCUCCGAUUAAUACUCGUUAGCGGCAAAACAAAAGAAUUCCUAUUCAGCCCCUCAGACUCAGCUGGUGAUAUCGCACAAACAGUAUUCGAUAAUUGGCCCGAUGAUUGGGAACGUGAAAUAGUUUCGAAAGCCGAAAUUCUUCGUCUCAUAUACCAAGGUAGAUUUUUACAUUGCAAUGUAACAUUAGGUGCACUAGGACUUCCAUUGGGCAAAACGACUGUAAUGCAUUUAGUUCCGCGUGAUAAUCUGCCAGAACCCAAUUCACAAGAUCAACGGCAAAAAAGUAAAGGUGGAUCCAGUAGAUGCUGUUCAACGACAUGCUGUAUUUUGUAACUAGGUGUAAUAAAUCGUUUAUUUUUAUAUAAAUAUUAGAUUUUUUAAUUAUUCUAUAAAUAAUUUGAAUUAAGUUUUACUUUUAUUAGAUUAAAUAUUAUCAUUGAACAAAAUUAAAACAAAAUUAUAAAUAAAAUCGUUACGUUUCUUGUUUUUUAUUUUAUCCUUUUUUCUUAAAUUUUUUGAUUUAAUCGAACUGUUUUUUGUUUAAAUUUUUAGUAAAAAAAAAAAAUUAUAUACUAUAAAAUUUUAAAUUUAAUAUAAAAUAAUGAAAUUUUAUUUUCGUCCGCUUUACUUUUGCAAAUGCAUAUAUAAAUAUAUUAUAUACUUAUACACAAAAUAAAAAUUAAAAAUAAAACAAAAAUCACCUAACUGAAAAAUGUAUAUUACUAAAGUAAACUUUAGAUUACUGAAUGUGAGAUUAGAUUAAUAUAUAAAUAAAUAGAUAUACAAAAACAAAAAACAAGAAUAAAUAAAAACAAGGCUAUUUAGAUGAAGUUAAGGAUACGAAAAAAGGCGAAAAGAGUGAUUUAAAGAAUGAUUGUAAUAAAUAAUUAAUAAAACAAAAAAAAAAACUUCAAUAAACCUAUGCAUAUACACCAUACACAUAGUUAAUUUUAAGCAACAAAAACAAAAAUGAUAAUAACUAUAAUUAAACUAAAUAAACUGUCAAAAUUUUCUAAAAGAAAACAAAACAACAAGUUAUAUACAUAAACUUUUAGGGGAAAAAUGGAUAUUCACGAUAGAUACACUCAUUCAAAAGAAAAGAACAAAAUAUGUAAUACACUUUAAACAAUUAUUAUUAUUGAACAAAACAAAAGUAUUCCAAAUAUAACAAACAAAAACAUAUAUAAAUUACAAUAUUAGAGAACACAACAAACAACUCACAACUGCGCAUCGAAAAACAAAAAGAAAUUAAAUUAAAAAACA